AUGGGAAAAGGCGGAGGGCGAAUGGAGACGGUCGGAGAGGAUGGUAUCCCGGCGGAUUAUAAAGGAAAUCGUAAAUUCACGACAAGUCUCGGUCACCUAGCAUUGUACAAAGAAGAUGAGGGGAUCGGGACACAAGCCUCUUUCAUUUCGGGUUACACAACACCUGGACCCAAAGAAAGAGCCACUUCUGAGCAUGUCAAGGCCAAUCUAGGUGUAAUGCUCGGUGUAUACUUACCCACCAUUCAGCAUAUUCUCGGUGUCACUAUGUUUAUCCGUCUUUUCUGGGUUGUUGGAAUGGCCGGUGUCGCUUGGACAAUGGCUCUUCUUGCCAUUUGCUGCUUAUCUACUCUUUUGACCUCAAUCUCAUUAUCCGCAGUUGCCACAAACGGAGUCGUCGAAUCUGGAGGAGCGUACUUUAUCAUCAGUCGAAAUCUUGGUGCCGAGUUCGGAUCUGCUGUUGGUAUCCUGUUUUAUCUUGCUAACACAGUUGCUGCUUCCAUGUACAUUGUUGGUGGAGUUGAAGUUAUUCUGAUGUACUUGUGGCCGGAAAUGGCAAUUGGAGGAGCUGACGCACUUCAUGAUACUGAAAUGUUUGGAAGUCUUUACAACAAUCUUCGUCUUUACGGAACCAUAUUUCUUCUUUUCCAAGCAUUGAUUGUUGCAAUGGGAGUGAAAUUCGUACAACUUUUGGCUCCAGUCUCUCUGAUGUGUGUUGUUCUGGCAGUCAUGGCUUGUAUUGGAGGUGGAAUUGAGAAGCAAAUUACAAUGGAAGGAAUGAAGGUUUGUGCAAUUGAUAAUCAUCUGCUUCAAUCUUCGAUCAUCACUCAUCCGACUCACAAGAAUCAGACAAGUUGGUUCAAUGAAACUGUUGAUUUUUGCAAUCUGUGCGAUAAAUCUCUUUAUCUGGAAAGUGUGUUUUGUGCGAAUGUGAACAAUGACGAAGCAUCUGCAGAAGACGAUGUAUUCUGUACCCAUUACACUUCGAAGAAGAUGACUUGUCAGAUGGCAUUCCCUGGUUUCAACAUGAAGACAUUGAAUGAUAAUAUGUGGCCCGAGUAUAUGGAGAAAACAGAAGUCGUUCCAGGAGUGAGAGGAAAAGAAACUGCUGAAGUUGUACAAGAUGAAUCGUCCACCUUUUUCAUGCUUAUGGCAAUUUACUUCCCUGCUGUAACUGGAAUUUUCACAGGAACAAAUAUGAGUGGAGAUCUUGCGGACCCGCAAAGAAGUAUCCCAGUUGGAACAAUUGCUGCAACUUUGACAACUUCUGCAAUCUAUUAUGUGCUUGCAAUUCUAUUCGGAGGAUCUGUGAAUCGAAGUGUUCUGAGAGAUAAAUUCGGGAGAUCAAUUGGGAACACAAUGGUCGUUGCUGCUCUUUCAUGGCCCCAUCCAGCUGUUGUUACCGUCGGAGCAUUCCUUUCCACUUUUGGAGCAGCUCUGCAAUGUCUCUGCAGUGCGCCUCGUCUCUUACAAUCGAUCGCCAAGGAUGAUGUGAUCCCGAUUCUCGCUCCAUUCGCAAGAGUUACAAAAAAUAAUGAACCAUUCUUGGGAUUAGUUCUUACUGUAAUUAUUGCUGAAUGUGGAAUUCUUCUUGGAGCAGUCGACAAGAUUGCUGAAGUUUUGGAUUUCUUCUUCCUCAUGUGUUAUGCUUUUGUCAACUUGAUCGCUGUUCUUCACUCUCUUCUGAAGUCACCCAACUGGAGACCUCGAUUCAAAUAUUUCCAUUGGUCUUUGUCUCUUCUUGGAGCAGCUCUCUGUUUCUUCAUAAUGUUUGCAUCAAGUGUUCCCCUGGCCUGUAUCGCUUGCACUGCAACUGCUGCUAUCUAUAAAUAUGUCGAAUGGAAAGGAGCCAAAAAAGAAUGGGGAGACGGAAUGAGAGGAUUGGCUCUGUCAACUGCUCAAUACAGUCUGUUGAAAGUGGAGGAUAAGGAUCCGCAUCCAAAGAAUUGGAGACCACAAGUGUUGAUUCUUCUCACUAGUCAAUGGUCCAAGGAAAUGAUUGAUAGAAGAGCAGCUGGACGUGGAUUGGCUAUCGCUUGUGCAUUCUUGAAGGGAACUGUUGAUUCUCAGAAAGAUAAAAACAGAGCCAGAGAUGUGAAGACAACUCUUGUGAAGGAUAUGACGAGUGUUCGACUUCGUGGUUUUGCUAAAACAAUGUUCUACAACAACCAUCAAAUCAAUGGAACUAUUUCUGGAUUGUAUCAAUCUAUUGGAAUCGGAGGAUUGAGACCAAAUACGAUUCUUGUCAACUGGCCAAAUGAUAAAAAUGCUGAUGAACUAGUCUUGUUUGCUGAAGAGAUAAUUCAUGGAGCAGCUAACGACAACUGCCUUAUUGUGACCAAGGGAAUCACUGAUUUCCCAGAAUACUCAGAACGGUUGACUGGCUUCAUUGACAUCUGGUGGAUUGUUCAAGACGGUGGAAUUCUCAUGCUCAUCGCCUAUCUUCUUCGUCAACACAAAGUUUGGAAAGGCUGUACACUUCGUAUUUUUGCUGUCAGCGAACAGGAUUCGACUAAAUCGGAAGAUAUGAAAGCAGGACUUCAGAAAUACAUUUACAUGCUGAGAAUCGACGCGGAACUCUUUAUUGUUGAUCUUCUUGAUAUGGAAGUGUCGGAUGAAGUGGUUGAGAAAGCGGCAGAAGUUGAGAGAAAGCAAAAAGAACGUGAAGAGAUGAGAAGAAGUAAGAGUGGAUAUUUGAAUGACGGCUACAUGGAGGAUAACGGAAAACCACGUCCAGUUACAAUGAGACACAGUGAUUCGACAAGAAGUUUCACACCACAACCGCAUACCUCGAUUAACUUGGAUGAAUCUGCCGAGACUUCUUUCACCGAAAGUCUUUUCGAUGACUUCUAUCGUUCCGGAACACCAAAUGAAGAAAUGGAAGGAGCAAUGAAGCUCAACAUUCACAAAAUGAACACUUCCGUCCGUUUGAAUCGUGUGAUUCGUGAAAACUCUCCAGAUUCUCAACUCAUCUUGUUGAAUCUCCCAUCACCACCAAGAAAUCGACUUGCAUUCAAUAACUCCUAUAUGACUUAUCUCGACGUACUCACCGAAGACUUGCCACGUGUGUUGUUCAUCGGUGGAAGUGGACGUGAAGUGAUCACAAUCGACUCUUAA